UCCCCAGACUCUGAGCACGAUGUCAGCACCUCCUGCCAGCAAUGGAGUGUUUGUCGUCAUCCCUCCCAGCAAUGCCAGUGGCCUCCACCCACCUCCAGCCAUUCUGCCCACCUCCAUGUGCCAACGUCCAGGGAUCAUGCAGUUUGAGGAACCACAGCUGGGGGCGCAGGCACCCAGGGCCACCCAGCCACCUGACCUUCGUCCCAUGGAGACAUUCCUGACUGGCGAGCCCAAAGCUUUAGGGACCGUGCAGAUCCUCAUCGGCCUCAUCCACCUGGGCUUCGGCAGCGUGCUGCUCAUGGUCCGCCGCGGACACCUGGGGAUGCUCUUCAUCGAAGGCGGCGUGCCGUUCUGGGGAGGAGCCUGCUUCAUCAUCGCUGGGUCCCUCUCAGUGGCAGCAGAAAAGAACCACACCAGUUGCCUUGUGAGGAGCAGUCUGGGGACCAACAUGCUCAGUGCCAUGGCAGCCUUCGCUGGGACAGCCAUUCUUCUCAUGGACUUUGGUGUCACUAACUGGGAUGUGGGCAGGGGCUACCUUGCUGUUCUCACCAUCUUCACCAUCUUGGAGUUCUUCAUCGCUGUCAUCGCCACUCACUUUGGGUGCCAAGCCACCCGUGCCCAAGCCAAUGCAUCUGUGAUUUUCCUGCCCAACGCCUUCAGCACAGACUUCAACAUGCCCAGUCCAGGAGCCUCUCCGCCCCCUGCCUACGACAAUGUGGCAUAUAUGCCCAAGGAGUCAUCGGAGUAGUAGAUGACAACCAGGUUGGAAUCCAGUCUUUCCCUCUGGACCCAGCUUCUCCCCACCCCCACCUUGUUCAUCUAGGGGCAGCCCCUUCCUGGGCUGUCACCUGCAAGCCACAUGCGUGGUGGAACUAAGUGAAGUGUUCCCUCUGCCUCUCAUUUUCCCUACUGGUUUCUUUCCUAAUGUCCAACGUGUGUGUCCCUCAGCCCGCUGAGACCUGUGGCAGUGCUCUGCUCUGCACUGCCCUCUGCUAGUCCUUGGAGGCCUUGGCCUCAGAGAGACCCAGGCUUGAGUUCUCAGGAGUCAUUAAACCCAGAACCCAGAAUGUUCCAGAACGGAGUGGAGAAGAUCCUGGCAUUUUAGAAGUAUAGCUAGAGUUCUCUCACCAGCAGGCAUGACCUCCAGGUUCCUAGCCCCAAGAACAGUUCAGUCUUUGACCAUCUGUGGUCACAUUUCAGACCUCAGUUCUCCCACCUGGAAACUACUAUUGAACCAAAUAACUCUAAGACUGUUCUAGCGUCCCUGGGCUCCCUGCUGCCCUGGAUCUAAGCCAGGCGCUGUCCCCCACUCCCUCGAGGAAGCUUCCUUUUCCUGAUCUGUUAUAUGGCAUCAAUAUUGACCCUGGCCCUGCCCAUCUCCCAUGGACUUCUCCCAGGUUGCCUCCACCCACAUCAUCACCCACAGGCGAAGUGCCCUUCCUGUGCCACCUGUACCUCUCAGAGCUCCUACUCAUCCUCCUGCCUGAGGAGCAAGCAUGGCCCCGAGAAUAACUCCACGGGAACUCGGCUGAGUCCCCAAAGGGACAGGGAGAUACCUUUAGCCCAGUAGUCAUAGGCCCCAAGUAUAUGGCUUGUCUCAUCUGUGCUAUGGAGAAAAAUAAACA